GUGGAAUGACCAAGUGUCUGAAAACAGCCUACUCCUGCUUUCUGCGUGCCUGCGAUGGUGGAGGAAAGAAGUCUGCAGACGCCUGCCAUAACGUGGGCCUGUUGGUCCACGACGGGCAAGCUGUGGAGGGAGGAGCCAACGUCAAGGCGGCGCAGCAGUAUUACAUGAAAGCCUGCGCCGACGGCUUCGCUCCCUCCUGCUUUAACCUCAGCACCAUGUUCAUCACGGGCGACUCUGAAGGGCUGGCGCCAGAUAUGGCUCAAGCCUUUACGUACGCCAACAGAGCCUGUGAGCUGGGACACGUGUGGGGCUGCGUCAACGCCAGUCGCAUGUACAAACUCGGGGAAGGCACAGAGAAGGACGAGAAGAAGGCAGAGGAGCUGAAGAAUCGAGCAAAAGAGCUGCACGGUUUAGUACAGGAGAGGCAGAUUAAAUUUGGGGAGUGAUUAUGUCAAGCUUCAUUAGAUCUUUUUUAUUUGACCUAAACGUGGACUGUUUAUUAUGAAGCAACUAGGCCUGUCACGAUAACAAUGUUUACUGGACGAAUGUACUGCGAUAAACAAUAAUAUUAUUGGAGACCAGUUUAAACUAAUAAUGAUAUAACUACCCCUGUUAACUGAAGUUUACAUUAAAAUUUAGUGUAAAAAGAAAAAAAAAAAACAACUGUCUGCAAUCCCAAGGUGUCUCCAGCUGUACGAAGACGCUCCUGACUAAAUACCUGUUCACAGAGGUUAGAGACCAUCACCUGACAAACACCCAGUGCUGGCUCUAGACAUUUCGGUGCCCUAGGCGAGUUGAAGGGCACCCCA